AUGGCUGAUAAAGAUGGCUUUUUGAGUGAUGAUGUAUUUAGUGAUGCUAAUUAAGGGUUCUUUUACGGAUCGGAAAAAAUAGAACAAAGUUGUCCUAAAUCAAAUGGUUGAAUUAUGGAAAGAGAAUGAAGAAUUUAACAGGUCAGAGUAUAUAACGAAUGGAGUUUAACAAUUACAAAACGAUUUCAUGGAGGAAUUAGAUGAAGAAUAUGAAUAGGAAUAUAAGGCAGCAAAUGUACCAGAGCAGAUUAAUAUUGAUUUAAUCCAUAUGAAUUCUUUAUAGAAAGCUUACUAUUAUAGAGAUAAGUAUAUAGUCAGCUAUUAAAGUAGCUAAGAUAUCCGAUGUUGCGUAUUAGAAAAUAAAUACUUAUUUUGAUCAAAACGAUUUCAUACACAGCUUUGAAGAUUUCAAAACAUUAAUUAUUUGAAGCUUUGACUCUAGUAGUAAUCAUAAUAAAUUCAAUUUUACUUUCAAUUUAGUAUGAUGACCAAGAAACUAUCGAAUUAACAUUUUUAAUUUUGUUUUACAUAGAAGCAUUAAUAAAAAUAAUUGGAAAAGGGCUAAUUUUGAAUUCAGGUGCAUAUUUGAGAGACAUUUGGAAUGUAAUUGAUGCAUUAGUUAUAGUGGCUGGUUCUUUGUAAUAUUUCAUGAGCACUUCUGUAUAAUUAAGUGCUUUGAGAUCACUAAGAGUCUUAAGACCUAUAAAAGCAAUUUCAUCUAUAAAAUCUUUAAAGCAAAUUAUGACAACUUUCUUUUUAUCUUUUAAUGAAUUGGCAAAUGCCUUGUUAGUUUUGGGAUUCACACAAAUAAUAUUUGCAAUAAUUGGAUUAUAACUAUUUCAAGGAUAUACUAAAUAUAGAUGUUUUGAUGAAAAUGGAAUAUAAUCAUUGGAAAUAGAUCAGCAAUAUUGUCAUAAAUGUCUCGAUAAUUUUAUAUGUGGUAAAAUGUUAGACAAUCCAAGGAAAGGAUAUUUAAGUUUUGAUAAUUUUGGUCUAGCCUUAUUGCAAGUGUUUAUAAUAAGUAACCUUGAGGGAUGGGUUGAUAUUAUGGCAUCCAUUAUAUACACUUUUUCAGAAGUAGCAGUUCUUUACUUCAUCACAUUCAUAAUAAUUAGUGCAUAUUUUUUAAUUCAUUUAACUUUAGCAAUUUUGAAAGUAAAUUUUAAGAAAUCCAAUUAAAUUGAGGAUACAUAAAUAGAAGAAGUGUCUUACAAUUAUAGAUAGUUAAAAAGAUUAAAUAUUUACAAACCAAUAAAUGAUAAUAAAAGAAAAUAAAAUUUUCAUAGGCAAUAAAGUAUGAGAAGAUCAAGAAUCAUUAGAUCGAUUUAACCUAAACAACCUACUUUUAUAGAGAAUUCUGUUAAUUAAAUUGCUCAAAUUAAAUUGCCAUUUAAACCACUAUUAAUUAAUGAAUAUAGUAAACCUAAAAAACUUAAGCAUCAUAAUACUAUGAUAACACUACAUGGAAUUUAUGGAGUUAAGAAUGAUGAUUAAAAAUAAAAAAAUAAUGAUUCUAAUAAUCAUUUGUAUAGAAGAGCCACUUAAAGAAAUAUUCUCAAAAGAGGAACUAGUAUUUUAGAGAGUAAUCCACUUUAAGAAUUAGAAUAAAUGCUCUAAGGAGAAAAGGAAAGAAAUCCAAGAUAGACAUUAGCUCAAUCAAAGUUAAUUAAAGAUGUGAAAUUAAUUGCUUCUUCAUUUUAGAGAGCUCCUGCUUUGAUAACAACAGUCAGAUAAGCUUUAAGAAAAAGUCGAAUUGAGUAAGAAGUAAAGUAAUAAGAUAAUUCCCUAAGUGUUUCAUUAACUGAAAUUGAGUCUGUGACUGAUGAAAAAGUAAAGGAGAGAUUUUAAGAGUUAGAUAUUCAAUAUUAGGAAGAUAAAGAAGAAAAAGCAGAGAAAGAACAAAAAAAAUAAACGUAACCUACAUCAAAAAAAUAAAAAAGAGGUGAAUAGUUUAAACCUUAGUCUUAAGAGAUUAGCAAAGAAGAUGAGAAAUUAAAGAUUAGACUCUUUGAAACUAAACUAUAUCCAAGAGUCUUAUAUAAAGAACAUAUUUGUGAAUCAAUUAAAGAUGUAUUACCUUCUUUAGAGAGAGAAACUCAAUUACUUGAACUAUAAAAAAGAGAGGAAAAGCAUAGAAAUAUGAAGGUUUUAUUAAGAUAUUAAUUAUAAAUUCAAGUUAUUGAGAAGAAAUUUGAAAAAAAGGAUAGAAAGCCUACUUAUGAUUCUUCAAAGGAAUCUUCAAAUAAAAAUAUGAAGAUUUUUCCUGACACUAUAAAAUAAUAAUCAAAAUUUGCCAGAUAAGCUGAUUUUAUUGCUAGAUCACCUUCUUCAUUUAAUGGAAGCAAUCGACAAAAAAUGAUUGGAAAAUCUUAUUAUAAACCUUACAAUUAGAUUUAAAAAUACACAUAUAAACAAUAUAAAGAAUUAUUUAAUCUUGAUUUAACCGAUUAAUAGUUAAGAAAUAGAAUAGAGGAAGUAGAAAUAAAGGAACCUGAAAUAAAAAUACCAAAGGAAGAAUACUUUCAUAAUCAUAAAUUUUAUUAGCAAUUUCAUUUAUAAAAAAUAUAAGAUAUCGAAAAUAUGAAUGGAGAAUUAAUAACUGAAGCUUCAAUUUUAGAAGUCAAAGCAGUUGAUUUCGAUCCUUUUAUGAUGAAUAAAUAUGAUAAGAUCAUUAAAGCCUUAAAUUAUACUUAAGACAGUUUUUACAUUUAUAUGAAAGGAAUUGUAGGAUUAUACAAAUUAGUUAGAUUUAAGAUGAAUAUAAUUUUAAGCACAAAUACUUUUGAGUAUAUAAUUAAUCUUUUCGUCUUAGCCAACACAAUUGUAUUGGGUUUAGAUGGUUUAGUUAGCAAUAAAACAGAAUUAGAAAAAUUUAAUUUAUUUUUUACAAUUUUAUUUACUAUUGAAUAAUUGUUAAAGAUUUUUACAUAUGGUAUUUCUAAAUACAGCAAAGAUAUUAUGAAUAUUUUUGAUUUGUGUAUAGUUCUAAUUAGUUUGAUUGACUUAUUUUUUUUAUCAUCUGGAAGUGGAUCACACCUAUAAGCAUUUAGAUCACUAAGACUUUUUAGGGCUUUUAGAAUAUUUAGAGUAACAAAAUUAGUGAGGUAAUAUUAAUAAUAAUUAUUAUUUUAGGAGUUUGGCAUAUACAAACUUUUUGAUCUAAAUUUUGAGCAAUGCAUUCUAUUCACUUAUGUAUAUAACAUUUCUAUUAUUCCUAUUCAUUUAUAUAUUUACACUUUUAGGUAUGUCAUUUUUUUAAGGAGCUUUAACAAAUACUCAAUACAGAACUAGUUUUGAUACUUUUUUAGAUAGUUUAUUAGUUGUAAGCUAAAUUUUGAUUUUAUAAUGGAUAGAUGUGCUCUAUGAAUUGUUGUUUUCAGAUGUAAAUAAUUCAUUAGUAAUUAUCUAUUUAUUAAUGUGGAUAUUUAUUGGCAAUUAUGUUUUACUUAAUUUAUUGAUGGCAAGUCUUUUGAAUUAUUUUGAAGAUGAGUAUUAAUAAGAAUCAAUUCAAUACUAAAGACCUUAAAUUUCUGUGACACUUGUAGAUAAAGUGAAUGAAGAAAGUCCAGAAAAUCCUAUUUUUCAUAAGGAUAAGACACAAUUCAGUAAUUCAAGUUCAAAUGAUAUGAGAAUGUCUACAAUGAAAAAUGCUUUUACCUAUAACUUUGAUUAUAGAUAGUGUAAGAUUUCCUUAUUUUUAUUUGAUGAGUAAAAUUUUAUUAGAAUCAUCUGUUAAAGAAUUAUAAAUCACAAAGUGUUUUCUUUAGUUAUCUUUUUUGUCAUAUGUUUUAGUACUAUAAAAUUGAUUUUGGAUACAUAUUUUAAUAACUUCCUUAUAGAAUUUGAUAUAUUUAUAACAUGUGUUUUUCUGUUUGAAUUUCUAUUAAAAGUAAUAGCAUAAGGAUUUAUUACUGAACCAAAUACUUAUAUGAGAAAUAGUUGGAAUGUAUUAGAUUUUAUCAUUAUAAUUUUUUCGAUUAUUGAUAUACCUUACACUGAUUAAAAUCUUAGUUAUAUAAAAGUACUUAGAUUAUUGAGAACAUUAAGGCCUUUAAGAUUAGUCAAAGAAAAUAAAUAACUCAAAUUAUUAGUUACCACUUUAUUAAAUUCACUUUCUGGUGUAUUAAAUGUGACUAUUAUAAUACUAUUAGUUUUUAUAAUGUUUGGUAUUCUAGGCGUUAGUUUGCUUUAAGAUAAAAUGCAUUAUUGCAAUAUGAUCACAAGAAAUGAGUUUAAUUAUUAUGAUUAAUAAUAAUGUAAGGAAUUAGGAGGAUAAUGGAGUAAUAGGAAUAUGAAUUUUGAUAAUAUAUUCAAUGCAAUUCUUACAUUAUUUAUUCUAAGUCGAAGAGAUGAUUGGGAUAAACAAAUAUAUUGGUAUAUAGAUGCAAGUGAUGAUGGUCCAGAAAAAAAUGCUUAAUUAUGGAUAAUAAUAUAUUUUUUAACUUUUAUAUAUACAGGAUCUAUAUUAUUGAUGGAUUUAUUUACAGGAGUAAUUUUUGUUAAUUAUAAAUUUGCUGAUUUUUCAAUGAAAGAUAAAGUGAUAUCUGCUGAUUAAGAGGAUUGGAUAAAUAUUUAGAAAAUGAUUGUUGCUUCAAGUCCAAAUUUUGCAUUAUACUAUCCUCCCAUGAAUUUAUAUAGAGCUGCAAUUUUUAAAUUAAUAUCUAAUAAAUAUUUUGAUGGAACAAUAAUAUUUCUUAUAAUUUUUAAUAUUGUAGUAUUAUCUUUGAAUUAUGACGGUAAUAAUUAAUUUAAUUAUAGAAUCUUCAAGCAAUUACAAUUCUAUUUUAGAAACAUUAAAUCUGUGUUUCAAUUUUAUUUUUAUUGGGGAAUGUAUAUUAAAAAUAAUUGCUUAUGGUCCAAGAGGAUACUUUAGAAAUAGUUGGAAUUAAUUUGAUUUCUUUGUAGUAUUGACAUCUGCCUUAGAUAUUACUUUAAAAUUAAGUGGGGCAAGUAAUUAGAAUUCUUUUUUAUCAUCUGGCCCAUAAUUAUUUAGAGUAUUUAGAGUUUUGAGAGUAACAAAGUUAUUUAGGUUGGUUAAAUAAUUGAAGGGUUUAAAAAAACUUAUUGAUACUGCAACUUUUGCAUUACCAGAAUUAUUUGAAUUAAUCUUGCUUAUGUUAUUAAUGUAUUGUAUAUUUGCAAUCCUAGCAGUGUUUUUAUAUUCUGAUGUCAUUAAUGGUAGCAUUAUUGAUGAUACUUAUAAUUUUAAGGAUUUUCAUCAUGCACUAUUAACACUUUUUAGAUGCACUACAGGAGAAGGUUAAUAUUAGAUUAUUUAUGAUAUUAUGGAAUCUCAUGGAGCAAUUCAUUGCUUAUUCUUUAUUGUAUUUUCUAUUGCAAUACAAAGAAUUAUGUUAAAUUUGUUUAUUUUAAUUGUCAUUCAAUAAUAUGAAAGAUUUUAUAUCAAUUCAGAUAAUCCACUUCAAAGAUUUAAAGAAUUUGAAUAAGAUUUUAUUGAUGGAUGGGCACCAUUGUCUAAAUAAUAUGGUGGAAAUUAUAUCAAAGUUAAAUAAUUGAUCAGUCUGGUUUUAACAAUUAAAUCUCCUCUUGGCUAUGAUUUAAAUGAAAAGAUUUUACUAGCUUUGGAUGAUUGGAAGAAAUUUAAUUAAGAGGUUAAAUAAACUCAAUAGAAUAUUGAUAGAAUCAUUAAUAUAGUAACAGCAGAUUCUAAAAAGAAAGUUGCAACUAUGAUCAUGACUAUGGAAAUGACAGCUACAGAUGAUGGAGAAUUGGAAUAUCAUUAUGUCUUCUUUACCAUUAUGAAAAUGUUCCAACAAUAAUUUAUGUAAAAAACCACUAAAGAAGCUAAAUCUAAAAUUAAACAACAUGAAGAAUAAACUUUAUAAAGAAUUAGAAAAAAUAGAAUUUAUAUUAAUGGAGUGAAUCCUUGUGUAUAAUUGUUAUAUGUGAUGAUGUGUUUCAAAGCAUUUAAGAGAUUUUCAGAAAAGGCUCAAGAAAAAGCUUUAAAAAAACCUUAAGAAUUUAGUGAAUAAAGUUCAGAUUCAUAUUAUUGUUAUUCAAGUUCUGAGAUUGCCUAACGUGAACCUUAAAGCAUCAUGUCAAAUACUUCUAGAGAAUCUUAUAAUUAAUUUUGCACUCCACCUGAUCUUACUGUAUAUCAGAGUGAUCUUAACAUUAACAGCAACAAGACUUCUUUAAUACAAAUUUUUAAUAGACAGCAAGUUUCAUUAAGUUAAACAAGUGAAAUCAAUAGCCCCUAUAUAGAAUCAGCUAAAUGA